AUGAAUGUGACAUCGUUUGACGACGGAAAUCUCAUCAAUGAUAUUCAAUUUGGAAAUAAAGGUGCUGUUCUGUUUAUUGUGACUUACAUUGGCUUUUAUGGAUUGAGCAUCAUUUGUAUAUUUGGUCAGCAAUUGAAAGAAACACAAAAGCAGCGGCACGAACUACCCGCUUAUUUCUUGAAAACUCUUUGGGACGUUCCAAAUAAGAACAAACUCUAUCAAGAAUUAUCGGAUGUGGAACGUUUGAAACGAAUAUUCAGUGCAUAUUUCGCUGAUCACGAAACAUACAUGACCACAAAGAACGAUGAGCUCCAAGCCAUUGUCGAAGAACGCGCACAUGCAUGUGCGAUGCGAUACCGGCAGAAACUACGACGUCUACAUCUAUCUCAUACGGAUUAUUACUUAGACACAAUCCAACGUAUAGCUCAUACACAACAAGUCACUAAAACAACCGUCAGUACAACGAUUAGUUAUACAGAGAAAGACAAAGACCAUGAUAUGUCAGUGCUUGCUAUUUCUGUUGUAUGA